AUUAUCAGCGUGACGCUCUUCCUGCUGCACUGAUCUCAAAACAGGAAGUCCACACAAGAAAACACUGUCUCAUAGCUGUCGUGGGUUGUCGUCGUGUAAGGUCUGUCUUCAAUCUAAGGAUAGCACAAAAGACAGUCAUGGAGGGCUCCAAGUCCUCCGGCAGCACUACGCAGGUCAGCUUCGUGUGUCAGCGCUGCAGUCAGCCUCUGAAGCUGGACACCUCCUUCAAUGUUCUGGACAAGGUCACCAUCCACGAACUCAUAGCGCCAUUGGUUACAGUCACGCCGAGCAAACAGGCCGACAGCAGUGAAGGGGACAGUGCACCCGAGGAGACAUUUGUGGAAAGCAAGCAAGAUGGAGUCUCAAGAAAGUACAUCCCCCCAGCCAGGAUGAUGUCGACGGAGAGUGCCAACAGCUUUACAUUGAUUGGCGAGGCAUCAGACGGGGGCACCAUGGAGAACCUAAGUCGGAGGUUAAAGGUAACGAGUGACCUUUUUGACAUCAUGUCGGGACAGACGGAUGUGGACCACCCGCUGUGUGAGGAGUGCACCGAUACACUGCUUGACCAUCUGGACACGCAGCUCAACAUCACUGAGAACGAGUGCCAGAACUAUAAGAGCUGUCUGGAGCUGCUCUCGCAUCUGGAGGAGGAGGAGGAGUCGUCCUUGCUGGCGGAGCUGCACGCGCUCAGUGCGGAGGAGGAGGUGCUCAUCCAGGAGCUGGAGACCAUCGAACUGCAGCGGGAGGCCGUGGCCAAGGACCUCAGCCAGGGACGCGCACACUCCCAGCAGCUGGACACCGAGGAGCUACAGUACCAGAAAGAGUACUGUGAGUUCAAGCGGCAACAGCUUGAGCUGGACGAUGAGCUGAAGAGUGUUGAUAACCAGAUGCGUUACUGCCAGAUCCAGCUGGACCGCCUGAAGAAGACCAACGUCUUUAACGCCACCUUCCACAUCUGGCAUAGUGGGCAAUUUGGGACCAUAAAUAACUUCCGUUUGGGCCGUCUGCCGAGUGUUCCGGUCGAGUGGAAUGAGAUCAAUGCUGCCUGGGGUCAAACUGUCCUGCUGCUCCACGCCCUGGCCAACAAGAUGGGGCUACGCUUCCAGAGGUACCGCCUGGUGCCAUACGGAAACCACUCCUACCUGGAGUCCCUCACGGACAAGUCUAAGGAGCUGCCGCUGUAUUGCUCUGGGGGCCUGCGCUUCUUCUGGGAUAAUAAGUUUGACCACGCCAUGGUGGCCUUCCUGGACUGUGUGCAGCAGUUUAAAGAGGAGGUGGAGAGAGGGGACACCGGCUUCUGCUUACCAUACAGGAUGGACGUGGAGAAGGGGAAGAUCGAGGACACGGGCGGGAGUGGCGGUUCCUACUCCAUUAAGACCCAGUUCAACUCGGAGGAGCAGUGGACCAAAGCACUCAAGUUCAUGCUCACCAACCUCAAGUGGGGGCUCGCCUGGGUGUCCUCUCAGUUCUACAACCGCUAGGACAACCGGACACCCACUGCCUGUGUGUGUGUGUGAGUGAAACACUUGGACCUUUGUGCUCACUACAAUUACUGAAAUGCUAGAAUAAGUUAUGAUCAAGUGCCAGUGACCCAGGACAUUGUGUGCGUGGAUGCAGAAGAGACAGUAUGUUAACCACUCAGUAUAAUUUGCUAGAACUAUUUAAGUGACCCUACAUGGCUAGACUGACUCAUGGCCAAACAUGUUAGAAUUUCUCCGAGCACGGAGGACCUAAAAAGUAGUUAGAGGAAAGACCCCACCUCUGCCGCUGAGAAGCAGUGGUCACCAUGGCUGCUGUCCAAGAAGGCCCUUGGGAAAGGGACUGAUGCGAGUAAGUGUAGAUGUCAUCGCAGGAGAUUACCCCUAAACUGUUCAUUGUAGGAGACCUCUUAAAAGAGGGCCUUUGGUCAUUGGAAGAGACUGUCUAUCCCUACAACAGUAAAUCACUUUACAGAGGAAGCAACUGCUACAUACAGACUGUGUCCUGACUCAGUGAAGAUGCCAUCAUAAUGGAGUUGUCCAUCCUCUGGAUUUAAAGGAACACGCAAACGUUUGGGGAAAUUAGCUUGUAUCCUCUUAUCCAACUCCAACUAGACAGCAAAUAGGCUAAUUUCUCAAAAAGUUGCCGUGUUCCUUUAACUGAAGAAAAGAAAAUGGCCCUCAUGGUCCAUUAGGGUGCGAGUUAGAAUGUUGAUUUCUCAUUGUGUAUGAGUUCCCUCUGACAUGAUCUGUUUUUGAACACCUUACAAGUUUUGCUGUACCGUGCAAUGUUAAACUGUUCCAAUAAAGUUUGUUAAACUGA